UCGCAGCAUGCAUUGGCGGAGCCAGCUGACCGAAUUCAUUCAAAUGUUCCGAACGGGGGAAAUAUGUUCCCAAGGUUUCUCUGACACAGCAGACAGAUGGUUUUCUUGGCCUUGAGUCCAGAGAGCCUGGAGUCUAGAUUCUAGACUCUGCUUUUGCUCUCUGGAGCAGCCAUCAGUGAUCCAGCAGCCGCCAGGGGGUGGCCGCAAGAGCCUCUAUUAUAGCAGCUGUGCUGCUAAGUUGUCUCCACUUUCUCCUGACGCGCUUACCCGGUGUUUUCACCUCCCUGGUGUGUCACGCUCACUUCUCAUUGUAGCCGCUCGCCUGUCUCCUAGGCGCCUUUCUCGCAAACGUCUUGAAGCCUCCCCCUCGCCGUGAUAAGCUUUCGGAUAAGCGCGUCAUCGUAACGUUUUGAACGCAGUUCUUGAUAUCAGAAGAAAUCAUAAAUUAACAAAAAAAAAAACCCUGUUGGGUAAACAGCAAGAAACUUUUCGCGCAUGGCAGGUCUGUUGAAAACGGUCUCCCAAGGCAGCUGUUCCGCAGGAUCAGUGCUAGCGAGCUCUCCUCAGACCAAUAAUCUCAGCAGCAGUAUUCGCUCGGCGCCAUUUUCCCGUUCCUUGGUCCCGGUCUCGCGACUUCGCUGCGCGUCUAGCGCUCUAGUUCCCUCAGUCCCUCUUUCGCGAACUUGUCAGUUACGCCAGUCGUCGUUCUUCGCUGGGGAAGGGAAGGAUCGCCUGAAUCUUCCGACCGAUGGGUCUGCUUGUCUGUGCAAGCGGUCAGAGCAAGCGCAAUCAGCGAGAAAGAGUGCUGGUGCUCCGUGCAUAAGGUCUCAAGCGGCGAUUUACCCCCAUGAGGAGUUUAGGGGUCGGCAGCAGGACGGGCUGUCCUCGAUCUGGAAGAAAACCAGACGGUCGCUGCGAAGGUUCUCCCCCAAGGGCGUCGCCGGGGAGCUCAUCAAACUCGCCAUCCCAGCUGUCAUCGCCGGAUUGGCGGAGCCUAUCGCUCAGCUCACGGAAACCGCCUUUAUUGCCAGAACUGGUGCCGUGAGUCUCGCCGCCAUUGGCGUCUCCAUCUCCGUUUUCAACCUCGUCUCUAAGGUCUUCAACUUCCCUCUCCUCAACAUCACCACCUCCUUCGUCGCUGAGGAUGGCGAAGCGAGGGCCAAAGCAGCAUCGGCAUCCACCACAGCAGCAGAAGUGGGUGGCAAGCGGGUGGUGCCUGCAGUGUCAGCGGCUCUGCUGGUGGGGGGCAUCCUUGGGAUUGUCGAGGCCAUAGUGCUCGCCACUGCUGCGGCGCCCAUCCUCGGCGCCAUGGGAGUGCCAGCGGCCUCACCCAUGCGGGGGCCUGCCUUGCACUACCUCUCCCUCAGGGCUCUUGGUGCACCUGCAGUGGUGCUGGCUCUGGCCACGCAGGGCGUGUUCCGGGGCUUCAAGGACACACGCACUCCGCUCAUCGCUCAAGUGGGCGGCAACGUAGUCAACAUCGCCCUGGACCCCGUUCUCAUGUUCGCAUGCGGGUUGGGCGUGAAUGGAGCAGCCUUCGCCACAGUCACAGCGCAGUACGGCAUCGCUGCCUUCAUGCUGUGGCAGCUCAGCCAACGCGUGGUGCUCAUGCCGCCUCGUCUUUCCAAUCUCAAACUCGACCGCUUCCUCAAGUCAGGUGGCCUCCUCCUGGGUCGCACCCUCGCCCUCCUCUGCACCAUGACCCUCGCCACCUCCAUGGCGGCCCGGCAGGGCCACACGAGCAUGGCAGCGCACCAGAUCGCCAUGCAGAUAUGGCUCGCGGUUUCACUCAUGUCUGACUCAGUCGCCCUGGGCGCUCAGACUAUGUUGGCAUCUGCCUUUGCACGCCACGAUGCAAAGAAAGUGAAAAAGAUCGCCAUGCGAGCCACGCAGAUGGCGCUGCUCAUGGGCGUCACCAUGGCCACCCUGCUCACCCUCGCCACGCCCUAUAUCCCUCGGGUCUUCACAGCUGAUCGGACAGUUCAGAAAGCACUCACCUCGCUCAUGCCGUUCGUUGCAGCCACCCAGCCAAUCACGUCCCUCGCCUUUGUGUUUGACGGUCUGCACUAUGGAGCCUCUGACUUUGCAUAUGCCGCGACUGCCAUGAUCACAGUGAUGCCUCCCAUUGCUGGCGUCCUGGCAUACGCCCCGAGGGUGAUGGGCAUCCAUGGCGUGUGGGUUGGCCUCACUCUCAUCAUGACGGCUCGCAUGCUCAUCGGUCUUGCAAGGGUGUUCACCGCCAGUGGUCCGUGGAGCAUACUGAAGGAGGCUUCUGGUUCUGGCUCUCAGCCCCCAGCAGGCCAGCAGCAGCAACUUCUGCUUCACAAGGCAUCUUGAAGGGCCCCUUUCAAGAACACGGGAAUAAGGUCGGGUGCGAUGAGGUGUAGGGUUGAAAGCCCUUUUGGUAGGUUUUUCACGUCUUCAUGGCCCACUUGUACAUGCAUUAGGUCCUUUGUUAGGCAAAAUGUGGAGGUUUGAGUCGGCGGAUCUACACAUGUAUAUAAGUGUAUGAAGAUGUGCCUUUCUAUCUUUGAAAAUACUUAAAAGGUCGCCCUUUUGUAAUGAAUAAAUUUUCUAUAC